UUCACUUCUGACAUGGCAGGCCAGAAUGAAAACAUUAAAAUGACAGCCUCAAAGUAAUUGAAUAUACAGUCUUCCAUUUAUAAAGACCGGUAAUCCCACGACCCGGUUGGUUAGGAGAAACAUGGAUCGACAACAUACAGUCAUGUUUGUGAUGUUUAUUGCUGUUGUAAUAAUUUUACUUGAUGAUUCUGCUUUGGCCUUGUCAUCGACAGAAAAGAACAGCGUGAAAUUAAAAGUAUUAGAGAUGUUCGACCAUGCUUAUGGCUCUUAUAUGAACCAUGCCUACCCCGGGGACGAGCUGAUGCCCCUGAGUUGCAAAGGCCGAUACCGGGGCACCCAGCCGAGCAGGGGCGACAUUGAUGACUCUCUUGGCAAUUUCACCCUGACUCUUAUCGACACUCUGGACACUUUGGCAGUGCUGGGGAGGAUAGAGGAGUUCGAGCAUGCUGUCAGACUAGUUCUUCAAGACUCUCGCUUUGAUGCUGAUGUUGUUGUCUCAGUCUUCGAAACCAACAUCCGAGUUCUUGGAGGCCUCUUGGGCGGACAUGUUGUGGCCACCUACCUCAAGAAGAAAGGGAAGGCCUUGUUGUGGUACAACAGUGAGCUCUUGGAGAAGGCCAAGGAAGUCGGCGAUCGGCUGCUGCCGGCCUUCAAUACCACCACCGGCAUUCCAUACCCCAGGGUGAAUCUGCUGCGUGGAGUAGACAGCACCAUCCUGUCUCAGCACAAGGACACGUGUACUGCUUGUGCUGGCACCAUGCUGCUGGAGUUCGCUGCCCUCAGUCGUCUAACAGGGGAGCGGAUAUAUGAGGAUAAGGCUAGGAAAGCAAUGGACUAUUUGUGGAAACAGCGCCAUCGAACAAGCGAUCUCAUGGGGCUGGUUAUCAACAUACACAAUGGUGACUGGAUUCGCCGAGAGAGUGGCGUGGGUGCUGGCAUUGACUCCUACUAUGAGUAUGUGUUGAAGUCCUACAUCCUGCUGGGGGAUGAGACCUACUUGGACCGCUUCAAUAAGCACUACAGUGCCGUGAUGAGGUACGUGAGUCAGGGCCCCUUGCUGGUGGAUGUCCACAUGCACAAGCCCAUGGCCGCCUCCCGGAACUUCAUGGAUGCUCUGCUGGCCUUCUGGCCCGGACUGCAGGUGCUGAAGGGAGACAUCCGGCCGGCCAUCGAGACACAUGAGAUGCUGUACCAAGUCAUACAGAGACACAACUUCUUACCAGAGGCUUUCACAACCGAUUUUCGAGUUCACUGGAGCCAUCAUCCUCUGAGGCCCGAAUUUGUGGAGUCCACCUACUUCCUAUACAAGGCUACAGGUGACCCCCACUACCUGGAGGUUGGCAAACAAGUGGUGGAGAAUCUCGACAAGAUGGCCCGGGUACCCUGUGGAUUUGCUGCCAUCAAGGAUGUCACCACGCUUAGACAUGAGGACCAAAUGGACUCCUAUGUAUUAGCGGAGACGUUCAAGUAUCUGUACCUGCUGUUUGCUGAGAAGGAGGAGAUGGUUUUGGACAUCGACGACUACAUCUUCACCACCGAGGCCCACCUCCUGCCCCUCACGCUGUCUGUACAGAACACGUCCAGCAUCCCUAAGAUUAAUGCAGAGGCUUAUCGCAAUCUGGAGAAGACUUUUCGCUCCGAGCAGACAACUGACCUCAACCCCAACCAGGUGGCGAGAGAGAUGGAGGACGAGGAUGACGAGUACAACACAUGCCCCAACUUCCAGGUGCAGAUCCCGGGGGGCAUCACCUACGCCCACUCUCUGCGGAAUCAGAUGAAGAACCUUGUGGACAGAGUCAGCCCCCGACCUCGCAGUAGGAACCAGCCAAAGCUGCAGGCGUCGGAGUUCAUCGCAGGGAACAAGGCACACCUGGACAUGCUCCAUCAGAUGGGCAUCCGCAUUGCCACCAUGUCUGAUGGACGCAUACAGCUGCUGCACACAGCAUCCGAGGCUGCCACUCCUGAUGAUGCAGAAGAUGGGAUGAAGUUUAUGCAGGAGAUGAUUGAACUCUCGAAGACACAGUCACCAGAGGCCCAGCAUGACCCAAUGUUCGUGCAGCUCGUGUCGGCGCCAUUCUACGGAUCUGUGUUCUACAGAGCAGGGCCAGCACAGUUUGGAUACGAUCUCAAAGUCUCACCACCUAUUCAGGGCAAGCUAGCUAUAGCAUCCCCGUUCAAGGCUUGCAGCCCCAUGGCGAGCCCCCACACAGUGCAGGGGAAGAUUGUCCUGCUGGAGAGGGGAGACUGUAUGUUUGUGGACAAGGCGAGAAAUUUACAAAAGGCUGGAGCUGUCGGAGGAAUUGUUCUGGACCAGAAUGACGGCAGUACCAGUGAGAGCCAGACUCUGUUUGCCAUGUCGGGGGACGGACAGACGGACAUCACGAUCCCUAUGGUAUUUCUCUUCAAGAAGGAAGGCAGUGCAAUCAUCUCAGCGCUGUCUCAGGACAAUGACAUGCAGGUGCUGCUGACAAAAGAAGCCAAGUCGAGGGACACAUUCAAUCCACCCCCCGAGAAGACCCCUGCUGGACCCCAGGUGGGUCAGCAAGACGUACACCCAGAGAAGGUGCCUGAUCAGACUCCCCCACCCCACACCACCCUCCGCCACGAGCCCCCACAGGGAGCCAGGGUGGGUCUGGACGAAGUCUACUCCUACCAGUCCUCCUCCAGGAAAGUACGCAUGGAGAUCAAGGUUUCGGGAGAAGCGGAUACAGAUGUGUUUCAUAGUGUUGAGGAAGGAGAGAAAGAAACCACGGAAUCUGUUACUGCAGAGGAAAAUGUGUUACAAUUUGACACUUUACCUGAUGGUUCGAAACAGUUGUCCUUCAAGGUCGACAAGAACCAGCAGGAGGAUAAUACACAGCCAGAGUUGAAUCAGAUUUAUGUCAACUUGGUUCAAGCUUUACAAGAAAAAACUAAUUUUGAAAAAUUAAGCAAUCAGGGGGAUUACCUUAUAGCGAUAGCCCGGUUUUUAGAAUCGGCCUACUUUGGGAUGGAUCGGGUAGAUAACAAAGCUCAAGAAUUAAUAGAAAAGUUAGCAGUUGAGUUAAAGUUUCUAACUGAGAAGUCCACAAAACCUAGUGCAGAAUCACAAAGUGUGAAAAACGAGCAUAUGGAUUUUGAAACUGCCAAACAGCUUCACUAUGCAACUGUUGAAGAAUUAUAUGAAACCAACUCAGGAAAAAGGACAGAAGAUAGCUCAAAACACAAUCCAUAUAUUCAGACCAAAUUUGCUGAAGAAUCUUCUAAACACUUUGGUGCCAAAGUGGAUGAUCAAGGUGUACUUACGUUUACUAUAGAACAAGGGGAGGCAAAUGCCGCGGGAUUAGCACAGUCACAUAAAUUGGAUUCAGGUAUCAGGGAUGACUCACAACAUUCGAAAGAGAAAGGGACUAUAGGUGAGGAAGAGGCUAGCACAUUAGAGGUUAUAACAAAGGAUGGUGUAGUGAAAGUUAUAGAGAGGAAUUCCCAGGGACAAGCAAUAAGGACUACAGAAACAGUGGCCGACAUUCCUUCAGACGCUCAGGAGUCCUUCACCACACAAGAUGCCAAUGAUUCGCCAACUGCUUCCAUGGAUCACAAAGAUGAACUUUGAACAUGGUGCUAGUCCAAAUCACAUUAAAAUCAGACCUCAGUUCUCGCUACCAUUAAUCAAAGAUCUGAGGACAUCCCAUUAGGGGUCACGUCAGAACGACCUUUCAUCCGACCAACCAGAGCAUUGCUUACCAGAUUAUGAA